UCCUCAUCAAGAUGGGCACCAUGCACUACCUCCUGCUUUGUGCUCUCAUCUUCCUGCCUGAGACUCCUGCUUUUCCAGUACAACUGAGACAAGAAUCAUGGAUCAGCAUAGACCUGGAGAAAGUAAAGAGAUAUCUUGAUACAUUCUUUCCAAUUUUGUCCAAAACACAAAACCUAAGCAUAGAAGAAAGGAUUAAAGAAAUGCAGAAGUUUUUCCACCUGACUGUAACUGGAAAAUUAGACAAAGAAACUGAAGAAAUAAUGACAAAGCCCAGAUGUGGUAUGCCUGAUGAAGGAGAACAUCAAACACCUCCUGGAACUCGAAAUAUCUAUCCAAAAUCACCAUCCACACUGAAAUCAGUGCAAGAGAGAGUGUCUGCAACUAAUAUUGCCCAGCAUAUCAAACACAUUCAGACAUUAACAACAGUGUUGUCAAAGCAUGGUGAUGGAUCUCCUUUCGAUGGAAGAGGUAAAAUACUGGCCCAUGCAUUUCUACCUGGAAAAAGGCAUAGUGGAGAUGCUCAUUUUGAUGAUGAUGAAAAAUGGUCAGAUGUCAAUCAAGAUGUCAAUUUGUUCCUCGUUGCUGUUCAUGAAUUUGGCCAUUCUUUGGGACUUACUCAUUCCAAUGACCGUAGAUCUAUGAUGUAUCCUUACUACUCAUAUCAGAACCCAAAAACAUUCAUGCUUCUGGAAGAGGACAAGCGAAGAAUUCAGAAGUUAUACGGGAAAAAGCCAUCAAACUCUUGAAGAAAGUGCUUAAUGAUGAUCAAAGAAUUCACACCUCAUUGUUUUGGUCUUCCA